UUUGGUAUAAAUAUUAUCAGUUCAUUUGACAUUGGUAUUGUUGAACACUUGUUCCACUUUGCACUACUGCGGAGCGGUACAGGGUCCAAGCGUUUGACGAUGUCAACCAGCGAGAGCAACAUCUUCGACCGUGUGGCCAGGGACAUAUUUAUCCUUACCACCAGCAAGGAUCCGAUUUCCCCGUCGCAACCACCGCUGGUUUACGUUGAAGAUGUGGCCUCAAGUGUUGACAGCCAAGUAGGUCUCAGUGCUAAUUUGCUGGCCGAGGCUGUCCUCGAAAGGCUUUUACUGCCUGACCCUGGGGCUUUUGUUGUCCCUUACACCAACAAGGUGUCACCAGAGACCGUGCAGGUCAAACUCGUGCUCUAUCUUUUCGAGUCGUGGCAGCGCCUGCAAGCAUACAAUGUUAAAAUCAGCCCCGAGGAAAAAUCUGAAGUGGAGAGCAUCAUUGUUCGGAAUGUUGCCACUGGUUUGCUACAAAAUGAGCUUCACCCAACUCAAAACAUUCCUUUACAAAUUUUGCGGUUGUUAUGCGAGCAAACAUUCGAAGAAUGCAUAACGUUUAUGACCUCACUGGCCAAGUACAUCCUGAACGAAGAUGCUGAAGCAGGAUUGGAAUCGUCAAUGAACCUUGUGCUUAACAACCUUUUCCAUGAGGUCGCGAAGUCAAACAUAACGAGUCCAAAUUUCACAAAUCUUUUGAGGGCUACUUUAGUCAUCAUCAAGUGCAAUCCUAUUUGUGCGAAGCUGGUUAUCCAGCACAAACUUGGCGAACUCACCAGGGGCAAUAGCUGGAACGGCACCUUGCUUGGGAAGCUGCUCAGCCUCAGUUUUGUUCCAAGCACCAUCGGCCAAGACAAUGAAGUUUUUAGGGAUGUCGUUAGAGAGCAUAGUCUGAUGGCCUCCAGAGAGGGAAUGGUGAGACAGAGUACACAGUCCCUGGUUGACGGACUUCACGGGAUAUUUGAAGCCCUCCUCAGGAGUUCACCUGACAACCGAAAACUCUGCCUCAACUGGCUAUGGGGUUGUGUCGAAGCAAAUAACUCGCGCGCUAAAAUCAUGUCCACCUACGUUGCUGAGGACCAGCUUGACUUGCUCAAUACAAUCUCAGAUGGGUUUGCUCUCAACUUGGAGUUCCUUGUGCUCCGGUUGUGCGAGCCCUUCUGUAAAGUCCCAAGCAACAGCCAAGAAGACACCUUCAACAAUAAAAUUUUAGCCAUUGAUCCCACCUUUUGCGCGGUAGAAAGUGGGCCAUUCUGCCGAGCCAAGUGGUUUGAGGAAACGUGCCUUAUGCCUGUCGACACUGACGCAGAGGGGAACAAGAUAAAAAGGGUGCAUUCCAAGAAUUUCAAUUUCAUAACAGAGUGCUUUUUCCUGGCGCAGAAAGUGAUUGAAAUAGCGUCAAAACCGUGUCGCAGCAGGCUGUCAAGAUUGAUACAUGAAGCUUCAAGAAUAGAACAGAUUAGCUCGAUUGAAAGCUUGGCACCGGAAGCAAGAGAAAGGUACAGACACGGUCUGGAUAGGAUAGCUGCUCACAUUAUGUGCUACAGAGUUCUCUUGGCAGAUCCUUAUUACAUUGACCUGUCCUCCAAAUUGCACUCUGCAGCUGCUCAUUGGGUUGUACAAGUGCUGCUGGAUGAAACCCCCUAUUCAGAGGAUAGAUCAAGCUUUGCCCCUGGAAUUCACCGGAAAGUGGUUUUUCCCCUGCCAGGCGAGGAGUUCGACACAAUCCGUCCAGCCCGCACUAUGCAAUACGUUCCUGAAGCUGUUGUUAGCAAUCUGGAGUCUUUCAUCACAAUGGGUCCCCAAAACCACCCUGAAGCCUUGGAACGCACAUGGCUGACGUGGCCAAUCCUGACCAUGGUGGUUGCCUUGAUGGGCUCCCCCUGCCGCGUGAGAAACCCUCAUUUACGUGGUGGUUUGGGCCAAGUACUUGAGUCUCUGCUGCCCUGGCAAAAGGGUGAGGAAGAAAUGCUGAUGGAGAGGAGAAUUUUCAACCAGCCAGAGGUCUCCAAGUACCAGAGAGAAAGACUUUUCACCGAACACCCCUUUAGGCUACAGAUUGCAGAGGCCAUUGUUAGCGUUUAUGUAGGAAUUGAAGUCACUGGCCAAGACCAUUUCGAACAAAAAUUCCAGUACCGGACGCCGCUCUAUGUGGUUCUAGACCACAUAUGGAAAAUUGACGACUAUGUUGAGAAAUUUAAGGAGAUGGCUGCUCAUGCUGAGGCAAACAUGGAAUCAGUAAACCCCCCGGUGUUUCUAAGAUUUUCCAACCUUCUUAUCAACGACUCGGUGUUUUUGCUUGAUGAGGCUAUCACACAGAUGGCAACUCUCAGAGAAAAGCAGGCGGAAAAGGAUUCAGGUGCUUGGGAAACAUUGCCUGACGCGCAGAGACACGAGAACAACAGAAAUCUCGAAAUGAUAGGCAGAAUUGCUAGAUAUUACAACGUGAUGAGUUUAGAGACCAUAGGAACACUGCAGCAGCUGACCAAAUACAUCGAUUCCUUGUUUUGCCAUUUGACAAUGGUGGAUCGAUUGGCUGCCAUGCUUAAUUACUUCUUGCACCGGCUGACAGGUCCAAAGAGCAAAGAAUUAAAAGUAUCCAACAUGAAAGAAUGUGGUUUCGAGCCAGGCAAUCUUGUAAUAGAAAUCAGCAAAAUUUACAUCAACCUGCACCACUCAGAGGAGUUUUGCGCUGCCAUUUCUAGAGAUGGCAGAUCUUACAACAGUGAUCUUUUCCCAAGGGCCGAACAUAUACUCAGUCGAGUUGGAGCUGGAAAUCUUCUGUCUGAUAUCCAGUUAAUAGCCCAAAAAGUGGCCAAACACGCAAUACAACAAAGCUGUGACGAUGAAUUGCUUGCUGGGGCGCCAGACGAGUUUCUUGAUCCGAUCACCGCCGCUCUCAUGAUUGACCCUGUAAUCUUGCCGUCAUCUGGAGUUUCCAUUGACCGUUCUGUAAUCGCUAGGCAUUUGCUGAGUGAUCAAACUGAUCCUUUCAAUCGUUCCCCGUUGACGAUGGAGCAAUUGAAACCAAAUACCGAACUUCGACAGAAAAUUCAGGAUUGGGUCGCCAUGAAAAGAGAAAAUCUUGCGCAACACUACGCUGGGAAUGAAUGAAAGGUGUCGUCAGUUUUAUAUCCUCAAAUUUUUAAAUGAGUUUUUAAAAAGCCUGUAUAUCUGUCUCCGUAAUGGUUAUACAAAGACGCUGAGUACAAACACACGUGGAACCAACUGAGUAGAAAAGUGUACAAUACAGCAAUAAUAAAUUUGCAGCGUUCUUUAAAACUGAA